UCGCGUUUCCGUUGGGGGUCUGCCUGUUACAGGGAAACAAGCAACCCAUCAGCUCUUUUCUCCGUCUCUCAUCAGCUCCCUCGCUCCGCAGAACAGAAAUGGCAGCACUGCAGGCUUCGCACACCUUACUGCACUUCAGACUUCCCAAAACUCUCCGCUUCUACUCUCAUCGAUCUCCAAACCCUUCUCUCUUAUUCUCCCUAGUCCAUACAAGCGGUCGAUUUCCCUCCCUUCGUGUCCGUUCUACCUUAUCCGGCGAAUUGCCAUAUCAAUCUAUCGGUCGAUUUUCGGUAUAUAAGCCUCCGAAAGGCCGAAGUUCCGACGGGAAAUAUGCUGCCAAAUCUUCUGGAAAGUUCUCCGGUGGGGAGAAAGUCGAUGGGCUUUCUGCCGGCAUUACCGACGAAUGGGGAGACAAAGUCGAACCUGAAACAGAGACUUCGGAGGCGAAGCUCUCGGAUGCUGAUCCUCCCAGAGAUGAAGAUGAAUGGGGAGGUGGUGAAGCGAGUACGGACUGUAAUGUGAAUGAUGGAAAUUCGACUGACAAAGCUUCCGGCAAGGUACCCGGUGAGGAGAAAGUCGACGGGGCUUCUGCUGGCAUUACUGACGAAUGGGGGUAUAAAGUCGAACCCAAAGAAGAGACUUCGUACACGAAACUCUCGGAUGCUGAUCCUCCCAAGGAUGAAGACGAAUGGGGAGGAGGUGAGGCGAGUACUAAAUAUACUUCAGGGCGUAGCAACCCGGCCGUGUACGAUAAGCUUGAAGACUUGAAGCGGUGCUUGGUUGAGACUGUUUAUGGUACUGAUUUUGGGUUCCAAGCAUCUGGAGAAGUUAGAGAAGAGGUUUUGGAGUUGGUUAAUCAGCUUGAAGCGUCAAAUCCGACUCCAGCGCCCGUGGAGGCGACGUCCCUUCUUGAUGGAAAUUGGGUGUUACUGUACACAGCGUUUUCUGAGCUCUUGCCUCUUCUAGCAGUUGGGAGAAUACCAUUGUUGGAGAUUAAAAGGAUAUGCCAGAAGAUUGACACCAAAAGCCUGACCAUAGAGAACUCAACCUCACUCUCUAGUCCUUUUGCCACUUUCUCUUUCAGUGCAUCUGCUACUUUUGAAGUCCGAAGCCCUUCAAGAAUACAGGUCCAAUUCAAGGAAGGGGCCUUCCAACCACCGGAGAUAAAGUCUACUUUUCAUCUCCCUGAAAAUAUAGAUGUUUUUGGCCAGAAAAUUGAUUUGUCACCUGUGCAGCGAUCCCUCAACCCUCUGCAAGAUGCUGUGGCAAGUGUUUCUCGUGCAAUCUCUGGCCAGCCACCUCUAAAGCUUCCAAUUCCAGGGGAAAGGUCCCAAUCCUGGCUGAUAACAACUUACCUUGACGAGGAUCUUCGGAUAUCAAGAGGUGAUGGUGGCUUGUUUAUUCUUGCAAAAGAAGGUAGCCCUCUGCUAGAUCAGUAGCCACAAAGCAACUGGUGAGGGCUAAUAGAUUUUGCGUAUUGCGUUUAUUUCUUUCUUUUGUACAUUUCUAGUUUCUCAGUGGAGAAUAAAUUCCUAAGUUAAGGGACCUACUCCUACCCCUAGGCUGCCCUAUGACUACAAAGUAUGCUUCGUUAGGCUCGGUUUGUUUACACUGUGAAUUUCAUUUUCCACUGGUUUUAAAUAAUGGUAGUGCAAAUAGGUUGCGUAAAUUCUGGUUUAUUACUUUCACUUCAGAUUUGGUUUGCUCUUAUUUGUUUCUGAAGUACCUUUCAAGUUCCAAGUUAUUCCC